AUGGCGACUGGAGUCACGGAGGAGAGAUGGCAACGAGCCUGCUUUGUACCGGGGAUGGAGGCUCUCGGGGCCGGGGAGGGAGCCUGCUUUGUACCGGGGAUGGAGGCUCUUGGGGCCGGGGAGGGAGCCUGCUUUGUACCGGGGAUGGAGGCUCCAAGGGCCGGGGAGGGAGCCUGCUUUGAACCGGGGAUGGAGGCUCUUGCGGCCGGGGAGGGAGCCUGCUUUGAACCGGGGAUGGAGGCUCUUGCGGCCGGGGAGGGAGCCUGCUUUGUACCGGGGAUGGAGGCUCUUGCGGCCGGGGAGGGAGCCUGCUUUGUACCGGGGAUGGAGGCUCCAAGGGCCGGGGAGGGAGCCUGCUUUGUACCGGGGAUGGAGGCUCUUGCGGCCGGGGAGGGAGCCUGCUUUGAACCGGGGAUGGAGGCUCUUGGGGCCGGGGAGGGAGCCUGCUUUGUACCGGGGAUGGAGGCUCUCGGGGCCGGGGAGGGAGCCUGCUUUGUACCGGGGAGGGUCUAA